CCGCUGAUCUUCCCUGUCUCAUUCCUCUCGACCAUCAUGGGCUGAGCUCGUACUACUACCUGUCCCGUCUCAACUCCUGAACAGGGACAACCCAACAACCCACCACAAUGGAUCGCAUCCGGAGACUUCUCUCUCCCAGGCCGACCUAUGAGGCAAUCGAGCAGCCGGUCGACCCCGACGAUGAGAGCAACCAUCCAUCCCAUCAACACCGGAGCCAUGCCCCUUUCUCCAAGUACGAAUAUGCAGUAUUCUUGCUGUUGGGAGUGUCCAUGUUGUGGGCGUGGAACAUGUUCCUCGCUGCAGCACCAUACUUCUACCACCGGUUCCACUCGGACGACUGGGCAGCGACUCAUUACCAAUCGUCUAUAUUGACUGUCUCAACCGUCACUAACCUAGGCUCCUCAUUCAUUCUCGCCAAGCUACAGAAGGGAGCAUCAUAUCCCAAGCGGGUCACUAUCUCCCUGCUUAUCAACAUCGUGGUGUUUACACUACUAGCCUUCUCGACCAUCCUCAUGAAGGAUGUCUCCGUGGGCACAUAUUUCGGUUUCCUAAUGAUCAUGGUCUUCGGGGCCAGUCUAGCAACAGGAAUCAACCAGAAUGGCGUAUACGCUUACGUCUCCGGUUUCGGACGAGAGGAGUACACCCAGGCCAUCAUGAGCGGCCAAGGCGUAGCGGGAGUGUUGCCCUGCAUUGUCCAGAUCCUGUCCGUGAUCGCCGUGCCCAGUAAGAAAGAAGGGCAAGCCGCCCCGCCAGAAUCCUCCAAAUCAGCGUUCGCCUACUUCAUCACAGCUACGGCCGUGUCGUCAUUCGCUCUCCUUGCCUUCCUAUCUCUCGUAAAGCGUCGAUCAACCACAACCCUAUCCCACGCAACAGACGACCACAGUGACUCGGGCGUCUCCGAAAACACCCCCAGCAAAAGCGUCAGCCUCUGGACCCUCUUCAAAAAGCUCCGUUUCAUGGCCACAGCCAUAUUCCUCUGCUUCACCAUCACCAUGACCUUCCCCGUCUUCACAGCGGAGAUCGAAUCCGUCCACACCCCGACCCCCAAUCGAUCUCGACUCUUCGAUCAGGCCGUCUUCGUCCCCCUGGCGUUCUUCUUCUGGAAUGCGGGUGACCUCCUGGGACGGGUGCUGGUCCUGGUUCCCCGUCUCUCAUUGGUACAUCGUCCCUGGGCGCUAUUCCUAUUCUCUAUUGCUCGAGCGGGAUUCAUCCCUCUGUAUCUGCUCUGUAAUAUCCGGGGUCGGGGCGCUGUCGUGGAAAGCGAUUUCUUCUAUCUGUUUGUCGUGCAAUUGCUCUUUGGUAUCAGCAAUGGGUACCUGGGUAGCAAUUGCAUGAUGGGCGCGGGACAAUGGGUGUCUCCUGAUGAACGUGAACCCGCGGGUGGAUUCAUGGCACUGAUGCUCGUGGGUGGAUUGACUGCGGGGAGCUUGAUGAGUUUCUUCGUUGCUGGGGCGUGAGGGUUUGGUGGUGGUAGGGUCUAGUAUAUGUGUAGAUUGUAUUGUCGUCUUCUAAUGUCGCUGCUACUAUAGAUUAGUCACUGCUCUCGUAGGUAAGGACUACCUCUUGAGAUAAUGAAUCGAGCUUUGUCCAGUC